GCGCGCAAAGCGUGCUCGAUUCCCUGCAGAAUCAUUUUUCACGUUCCCCUCUUUCUUCUUCGUCAUCCUCUCUCUCUCUCUGAAAUCCUAAUACGGAUUCAUAUACGUAUACGAUUUCGUAUACACACGAUUAGGGUUUCGCAAUGGAUCUCCCUGAUUCGCCUUCAUCAAAUCCGUUGGAUUCGCCUCUCUCCGGAAUGCGUGAGAGGCAUCUCCGGGAGCUUGAGAAUUUAACACUUACGGCGAGGCCGGUGAAGACGUUAAGGUAUUUCACGGUGGCAAUUGGUCGAUAUGUUCGGCAAUUUAUGGCAAGAGGUGGUUCGUUUGUGUUGUUUACUGUGCUAGUUUUAGGUUUAGGAAUUGCUACUAUGACAAUUGGUGGACCUCAUGAAAAGCACAUGCAGGAGCUUAUCCGUUAUCUCCAAUUCGGACUCUGGUGGCUGGCUCUUGGUGUAGCAUCUUCAAUUGGUCUUGGGUCUGGUUUGCAUACAUUUGUACUGUAUUUGGGUCCUCAUAUAGCUCUGUUUACCAUGAAAGCCGUGCAGUGCGGUAGAGUUGACUUAAAAAGUGCCCCAUACGACACCAUUCAAUUGAAAAGCAGUCCUUCAUGGAUGAAUAGAAACUGCUCUGAAUAUGGCCCCCCACUAUUUUCAAACCAGCAAGAUUCAAGGCUCCCACUCAGCAGCAUUUUGUCUCAGGUUCAGUUAGAAGCUGUUCUGUGGGGAAUUGGAACUGCACUGGGAGAGCUUCCUCCGUUUUUCAUAUCAAGAGCUGCUCGUAUAGCAGGGAGCGAAUUGGAAGUAAUGAAAGAAUUGGAUUCUUCUUCUACUGAAGAUGGUGGAGUUGUAGCUAAUCACGUGAACCGGAUCAAAUUAUGGCUUCUUUCACAUUCACAGUAUCUGAACUUCGUAACAAUAUUAGUUCUCGCUUCAGUACCCAACCCUCUAUUUGACCUUGCUGGUAUAAUGUGUGGACAAUUUGGCAUCCCGUUUUGGACGUUCUUUGUCUCGACAAUGGUUGGAAAGGCAUUUAUUAAGACUCACAUACAGACAAUUUUUCUCAUCUCAGUUUGCAACAAUCAACUUCUUGACUUGGUAGAAAAUAAAUUGAUUCGGUUGCUCAGCAUUUUCCCUGGAUUUGGUCUGAUUGCGCCCAAACUCAUUGCCAAACUACAUAUUUUGAAAGAGAAGUAUAUGGAUAGCUCUCCUCAAGCCAUCUCAAACAGCGAGGUGAAAAAGUGGAACUUCUCCAUUGGUGCAAUUUGGAAUACUGUUGUGUGGCUCAUGAUCAUCAACUUUUUCAUCAAGAUUGUGUCAGCAACUGCACAAACCAUUCUCAAGGAAGAACAUGAAAAGGAGAUGUCUGCAUUGACGAGCAAUAUACAUGCAUCAGAUCUCGGCAAUAUUGUGUCAGCAACUGCACAAAAUGUUCUCAAGAAAGAACAUAAAAAAGAGUUGACUGCAUUGAGGAAUAAUUUACAGGCAUCAGAACUCAGCAAAGCAGCCAACUAAAUUAUUCUGAAGAGCAUUCAGAUCCAAUUAUCUGUUCUUCAUAGCAUUCUUAGCUUUGGAUUUUAGUGGCAGAAAGUUUUUAUAUCUGCUAUAAUUAUAUCUACCAAAGCUCAACACCUCCAUUGUUUCAUUUUGUACAUAAAUUAGAAACUGCAAUGAAGCAGGAGGUGAUUUAGUAAAAGUAUCUACAUGUCUUUUAGUUAUUUGUAACAAUAUAGCGAUUCUUGGUCUUUGUAUCUUACAUUUGCUGCAAUGUAAUAAUAUCCAUUCUAGACAUUCAUAUAUACAAUAUAAGCAAUCUUACUCU